AUGAAGAGAAGUCCCAUCACAGCUCCAAAAGAAGCUGACACUUGCGUCACAUCAGCUACUGAGGAAACAGUUCAGUUUGAUGAUGACACUUUAAGAGGUGAGAAAAACGGCUCUUCGCUUUUAUAACAUGUCGACGACGGAGAUAUGAGAAAGAGUACCCAGGUAGGCCUCGUUCACACGAAUCCGGACAUUCUUGAAUCCGGCAGAUUUUUUCACUCCGAUUCGUGCGGAGGGGGCCUUUCACUCUGGGGAAAAGAUGCGGUUUCAGUAAGCGUUAGUAAUGGUUUCGUGUGGACCAAAGGCCGAUUCGUGUGGACGAGGCCUCAAUUAGAUUUAUACUGUAAGCCGUUACCCCAACCCCUAUUAUUCUUAUCAGUGAAACCCUGAAGGGAAAACAUUACGCUGCCGUAUUUAACCGAAUCAAAAUUUCGUGAACUUAAAUUGUGUUUUAUUAUUUAGCACAGUGCAGCAGUUGCACAAUUUUAAGGAUCGGCUAUGGUGAAACAAAGAAAAAACAUGGAACCCAAAAAAGCCACAAUGACGCAAUUUUCAUUCAGUCGAAAGUUUGGAAUACCGAAAAUUAUUUAAUUUACUUCGUUGUAGUAAAUGCAGAGGUUUACAAGAACGAAGGUAACGAUUAAUAUAACAAGAAGAAUUUCAACAGCGCCAUUCACUUCUACACUGAAGGAAUCAAAGUGAACUGCAAGGAUGAAGAUCUUAACGCCAAACUGUACAGCAACAGGGCGGCAGCACAUUUUAAUUUGGGUAAGAUGUUGAUUUAUAUUGGCUAUUAUGGUUAAGCUGUUUUUCGAUUGGUCAAUUUGCGGUCAAUAACUUACUCUCAUUUGCAGCUAUAAAUAUUUCUAUCUCGGAAAAAAAAAUGAUCUAAAAAAAGUUAUCAUAUGUCUGUAAACGCUGAGGACUUGAAUCUUUCGAAUUCAUUUCAGUUGGGAACGAGGCUGAUGAAGAAAACUAGAUUGUAAUCUUACCGAAGAAGAGGAUUCUAGUCGGUGAUCGAAAAUUUAUCGCGGUCACAGUUAAGAAGACAAGAAUGGACUGGCAGAGAUUCAAGACGUUUUGCAAAAGAAAAAUGAGAAACUCCUUCGACAAUGAAAUAAAAAAAAAACUUUCCUGCACCUGAUCUAAUUGACAAGCUUCUUUGCCAUUUACAGUGUUUUUAAAAGACGAACGAAAGAAGGGACUUCGGGCCAGACAAAGUGUCCAGAUUUCAAAAGACGCCAGCGGUUACAUUGGCGAGCUAAAAUUUACAGUGUUCUUAGUUUUGACCGCCGCAUAACCUUUUUCAACAUGCUGCAUUUUGAUUGUACUUUCAAUGGAAAGCAUUUGGACUGUGCUAUUAUUUUCGUGAGUCACUAAAAAAUUUUUUCGUGACACCUGUCAAAUGAUUUUCAAAUCACUUUCAUGCCUUGCACUUGUUUCCGGUUCCCCUAAGCAGGAAACCAUAUAAUAGACAUCUUUUUAGUCUCGUUCUCUUGUUCCGUAAUGUAAAUUACGGAUCAUCAUUUUUCCAAUCGAUUUAUGGCCCACGCGCCUCACGCUUGGGCUAUAAAUCGAUGCAAAAAGGAAACUUGGUCGGUAAUUUACAGUGCAGACCUCGAUCUAGGCUAAUAAAGAGGUAUUUAUCGUUUGUCUAUUGAAAAUCAGCAUCGUUGAAUGGUGCACGCAGCAACUUGCUAAAAUUUUAGUAGUUGUUACGUAAGACAAAGUACGUUGUAUUGGCUAAUUAUCUUCUCGCCCUCUGUUCUGUUAUAAUUAUCUGCGUUGUUACAAAGUGUGUUUUGCGAUCUAUUUUCAUAGGAAAUUACUCUGAAACAGUGAAUGAUGCAAAAGUUGCCAUUGAAUUACAACCACGUUUUCUGAAGGCUUUUGUGAGAGGUAAGAGUUAGAAUUGUGUGUUCUGAUACGGAUAGAGGAAGCGACUGAUUCAAACCUUGAACCCCUGAGGUUUGGACCGUAUAACAUUAACGCUCUGUAAGCUACAAAUCUGUUCAAAUAAUAAAUAAGUAUACACUGAGGCGUAGAAUUUCAAAGCUUGAAACGUUAGCCAACGUUUUCAAGAAGUAAUCGAAUUUUCUCCUAGUUGAUUGCGCUCUUUGCACCUCCGCCCUAAUUAAACCAACCCCCCCCCCCCCCCCCCCCCCCCCCCCCCCCCCCCACACCCCACCAACCCCCCCCACCACCCCCCCCACCACCUCAUAUUCUUGUUUUGUUGUUUUUUUUUUGUUUUUUUUGUUUUCUGUUCUUGUGCGUUGUGUGUUUUUUUUUUUGUCACUCCAUCGCACACGGCCUGUUGCAGUGCCUGAAGCUUGUAAAAAAAAAAAAAUGAACAAGAGGGGGUGAAUGUUAAAGCAUUUAACGUUUUCCAAUCUUUCUAAAAAGUUAUCUAAUUUUUUCCUUUUUUUUUUCGCUCCUUGCCCCCCCCCCCCCAUUAAACCCCCCCCCCCCCCCCCCCCCCCCCCCCAAUAAACUAAUCCUUACACCCUUACACCCUGUGUACACGUGCAAGUUCACUGGAGUUUGCGUAUUACCUUAUUGGGCUUUGCGUUCUUGACCACAUUUCGGGGGCACUUUUGUGUCUAAAAAUGCCAUGCAAGCUUCCAGCGUUCAGUAAUUGAAAGCGUCUUGAGGCAAUCUCCAACUGAUCCCUUCUGUUUCAGGAUCUUGGUUAUAAUGCUCCUUUAUGCAUUUAGUUCCAUGCUUUUUUCAUUAUAUUUUUACUUACUGACUCAAUUACAUUAGAUAGUCUUCUCGCGGAAUGGAAUAACAAUGAACUAUCUGAAAAGAUAUAGAACGUUUAACAUUGCAACGUGGAGAUACGAAAUUUUUCUUUGAUUGGUGAAAAACGUUCACAAGCGAGCGCAGCAAAUGAGUGGAAUAUCAUUCAACACGAGAAGAGAAAAUUUUUUAUCUCCAAGCGGUCAUGCAAUAUUCCGAAGGCGUGAUUUAUUAUGUAAGCAUAGCAAUGGUGGUGUUUUCACAUAUGGAAAUAACAUGUUUACGCCGCAAAACCCACCUAGUAUUUCAUUGGUGUUACACAAUAAAUGGUAAUAGCACACACCUGCUUCGCCUGCUUUUUUCAUCGUCGCUGUUUUUAAAACUCCAUUUUGGAUGGUAAUUAUCGGCCUACUUUUGGGCAAUAGGCCAUUAAGACAAUGACGUCAUUUACUACCACGACCAGAAUCCUUUAGCUUUCUUUUGUAAAUUACGGCUUUUGCAUUUUAUACGUCGCUGGGACUACCAAAUUUAAACAUGAACUGAAAAACGAAAAGGUUUCUGAUCUGAAAAGUAAAAUGACGCCAUCCUGCAUCUCUGCAGCUAUCAGAUACUCUAACUCAUAUUACAUAUUUUGUUGCUUUUUUUAUUGCUAGGGCGGAGAUAAGAUUCAUCCUGUUGGAUGUCUACACUUUUCGAUUAUAAUUCUUAAAAAUUUUGUCCAUUUUAACAUAAACAAUUGCCAAUCAUUUUUUUGCCCUUACAGCGGCAAGUGCCUACAUUAAGUUGAAAAAGUUUAACCAAGCCAGUGCGUGGAGUGAUAAGGGAUUAGCAGUAUCCUUUACACGAAUUACUAUUUUAAAGUUAUAUUCCUUAAACAUUCUUUCAGUGUUGACAAUGUAUUUUGGGUAAGCCCAGGUGUGACCAGGUGUUUGUCUAAACCAUCACUCGUCUGCUGGUGAAAUACCUGCACGUUUCCAAAGCGGCUCUCUGAUUGACUAGUUAGAGUGAACAAUAAAACAUAUUGCAGAAAAUGAUGUCAUAUAUGCAAGUGUACAGGCUUCUAAAAGACACUUUGACGUAAUUUUCGGCGAAUUUUUUCGAAUUGAAGGCCGCAAAAGCGUUUCUUACUGUGGGGCCGAUGGGGAGAAGGAAAUCCUCAGUUAUGUGGCAAUGAAAGCAACGAAACCGCUGGCAACGACAGAAGGAAAUAUCAUCAGAGUACCGCUAACACGAAAAUGCUGUUUGAGAGCUAGACAACCUUUAUUGUUAAAAAUGAACUAAUCCUUUUCUGUCUAAUUAGAGAGAAAUUCCCAUUAAAAGCAAAUUAAUUUGCGUAACUACAUAUGCGCAAAUUCCGGACUAUUUAGAACCACGCCCCAAUGUCUGAAUAACCUAGCUGAAUUAAGCUACAUAGUAUCAUUUGCUUAAGGUCCUUUUGUGUGGCCCAUAAAACUGAGACCAUAUGACCGUCAAAAGUUAUUCAACUUUAAAACGAGAGGCUUGAAAAUUCCCACCCACGGUGUUAAUUGGGUUAAAAAAGACGACACGACACUCCUGCAAUUUAUACUACAGCCUCAGUUUUCAAUGUGUACCCAGGUUAUGACGAAAAUAUUCUGGGGAGGGAGGGGUAGACGGACUGCAAAUUCAAGUUGGAACAAAAAAAAAACAUAUUAGUAACAUGUAAAUGUGAAAGAAAUUCCACCCUCGUCGAUCUCCAUAACUCUUUAAGAGAUCAUACUCAGCCUAUUAUUCAAUGAUUGCUAAUUACUUGUUGGUUGCUUGCUUGCUACAGUACUUACUUUACAGUUGCUUCCUUUCUUUCGCCAACGAAAGGUCAUGUGACUCAAGAUCAUUUAAGUCAAUUAAGUUUGUAGCUUUGUUUGCUUAUUUAUAUAUUAAAAUUAUGUAACACUUUAACUGAUACAAGAUAGAGCCGAACAACAAGACGUUGAUGGAAUUACGGAGAAAAGCUUUGAGAGAACAAAGGAAACUGCAAGAGAGCCACGGAAAGGAGGUAAAAAAAGAAAACGAUUUGGUAGACAGAGUUGAUUUGGAAAACUGUACAUCAGUACCACUGGAAAAAUCCUAGUAACACCUCCAAUAGGCUGCAAUAGCACUCACUUCUUUCGGCUGGUAAAAAAAUCUUGGAACGACAUCUGCUCUUGUAGGUUGGCUUGGCUACAAGACAGCUAAAAACAAAUUGCAACGUGCUACUUAAAUCUUAAAUUCAGUGUUUAUUCCACGCGGUAAAAAGGUUGGGCGAAAAUGAGUUCUAUUUCCUCCUUCCCUUUUUGGUGUCUCCUUAUUACUAAUUCAUUGCUAUUAUUAGAAUCACAGACAAAAACAUGUCGCUGAUACAGUUGUGGUCCGGAAGGUUCAAAAGUUCUACCAGGGGGCAAAAAAAUGCAAACACAAAUGAAAUAGGCGUUGUUAAUGGUGACCUUCCACGGAGCGGAGGUGCUCACCGAAUUUGUCUGCGAUUCUGCGACCAGUGUAUUCAAUGUACAUAGCUCGGCAUUUUGUACUGGUGAUCACUUGUGUAGAUGACACUUGUCAUAGUGUAGCUGCAUGUGAUGUCCUUUUUGUUUUACAAUUCCUUUUACGAGCUUGUUAUUAGCAAAUUAUCGGGUGUACGCGCAUCUGGAUCGUUGAAAAGGAAAUGUAUUAGGCUGCCCUUUCUCUUGGUACACAGAAAAGGUACUGUAGACAAGCAUAUCUCGAAGGCUAGUGUCGCACCGAUAAACGCACAAGAACUUGAUCACCUCUGACGAUUCUCGAACACAGGAGAUUUUUAAGUCCAAACUCAUGUACCUUUUGUGUGCUGUUGUAAGAAAGGGACCCAGCAAUCAGUUGUCGUGUCGUACGAGUGGACAAAGGUAUUACCUGGUCCUUUAAAGCAAUUUUGAGUGGAAAAUGCAUUACCUUAAGGACAAUUACAAAAUUUCCCUGCAUGUUUUUGUAAGCAUACAGGUCCUAGCAGUUGUCCAGAGCCGUGACAGGGGAACAAAAUUGUUCUCGAGUCCACAAAUAGAGGUGUCGAGAACGGAAGAACUUGAGAUAUCUUCGCAAACAUAUCUGCAAAAAAGGGUUCGUUUGAGUUGAUAUUUUAAGCGAGAAAAAUUGAUAUUUUCUGCAAAGCAAGAACGAAUGGCGCGUACAAAACUCCCUGACUAAUAGUCUACCUUGAGAAACUCCACAGGUAGCGAUUCAGAAAAACCCACUGGACGUAACUCUCUCGAAACGGUCCGAUAGAGACGAUCGUAUAAGCCUAAUGGCAGAUUCUUGACAACCGUAAGGUCACAACAUUGCAAGUAGAUUAUGGCACACUGAGUCGAAUGGUUUUGAGAAAUAAAUCGCGAUCACUCCUACAUCCUUUUUCAAGUCUAAGGUAAAGAGACAGUCUUCCGUUACGGGUAUUUGAGUAACGUGGUACAACACGAAUGGCCACAAAGAAAAUCGCAGUUACUUGUAUUGUUCCAAAAGAAACGUGACAAAUUCGGAUACCGAACAAGUCAAGUUUCAGCUUUUGGAAGACUUUAGGGAUUGCUGAUAGAACGCUAACCGGGCGAUAUUUGGAUUUUUUUACGAUUCUUCCUCUUUCUUGAAAAGUCGAACCUCAGCUCACUUAUCAUUUUAAAACUAAAGCUCAAUUUCUUUUAUAGCCAAAAUACUUCACAAACAAAUCUAGAACUGACUCGUCAAUUAUAGGUGCAGUGAAACGAUUGAACAAUGCACCGGCAUCAGAAACAAAAGUGCAUCUUCCAGUAAGAGGACUUUUACUCGACUUUUCACCAACUUAGCAAAUUUGUUGGCAAUAACGGUCCUAUUCUUGUCCGAAACAAACCUGCUGAUCCAUCACAUGAAUUACAAGUUACUUUAAAACCUUUAACGGCCUUCCUUUAUAGGGAAGUAACGUUAUUUUGUUGCUUUCUAUGAAUAAUCCAGCUUUCAAUUAUUGGUAACCGGCAAAUAACUUGUGAAAGCGGUUUCUCAUUUGUAUUUAUUUCUAGAUAGAUGAGUUAAUCCUGGAUAGAUAUUAUUUUCCGGAAGCUCUUGCGCUUACUUGUAGCAUGAAUAUUUACCACUUUCUAAAACAGGUUUUUCUAGUGAGACAAGAUAUCAUCUACUUCAUCAAACACGUACGCACUGUAUUAUCAGUGUUGUUGUGAUUGAGGAUGAGCAUUUUCAACCUGAUGUUACCAGGAUAAAUGUAAACAAUUUUUUAGAUUAUACUGUGAACUAAUAAAAGACUAAAUUUAGGUAAUAUUAAGUUUGUCGCUAUAUUUUAUUCUUCAGAAAGUCAUUUCAAACGUACAGGGUUAGAUAUAUUUGACACACCUCAGAAGAACACCCUUGAUUUGCUGUUUAAACCCAUAAUGAUUUAGCCAAAUAUUUCCAAUGUUCAAAAAAAGCUCACGUGAGUUACUAAGUCUUGGGAAUGAUAAUGAUAAUGUAAGGUCUAUCGGUGUGCCGAAUUCCAAGUUAGUUAUGACCUAUUUGUCAAAGAAAUGGCCGAAACCAUUUUCGAUUAUUACAAACAGUUAACGUUAACCUAAAACUACUCCAGUAAGAAAUUUCUUUUCGAAAUAAAAUCUGCUUCCGGAAAGCAAACAAACUGCGUCAACUAAGUUAAGCCACCCUCUUCUCGUCAAAUGAGCCCGGUUCAGCAGGACUACCUUAAUCACAGAUAUCUUCCCUCCACAUUUUCUAAUUCACUUGAGAUCAGUAUGUUCAUAUAAACAGGCAAAAUAGCCCAGUUAAUAGGGUUUCGGUACCUGUAACCGCAAGCAUGGUACCCAUGCUGGGCAUUUUCUCAUCCAAACAUAUUUUUUUUUUUUACUUAAUUUAACUUCAGAAAACUGCAGGCACGAUGGUGACACACACACGUGAAAUAUCGAGGGAAGAUAAGACGCAUGGCAAUCUCGGCAAUGCCCAUCCCAGUCUGGGAGAUUUUAAAACAGCCAUAGACUACUUUGAACGUCACCUGAAAAUUGCGAAACAAUUGGGAGAUAGAUCAGAGGAAGGAAAGGCGUACGGCAACAUUGGCAUCGUCCAUCUCAGUCUGGGAGAUUUUAAAACAGCCAUAGACUACUAUGAACAUCACCUGAAAAUUGCGAAAGAAUUGGGAGAUAGAUUAGGGGAAGGAAAGGCGUAUGGCAAUCUUGGCAAUGCCCAUCUCAGUCUGGGAGAUCUUAAAACAACCAUACACUACUAUGAACGUCACCUGAAAAUUGCGAAAGAAUUGGGGGAUAGAUUAGGGGAAGGAAAUGCGUAUGGCAACCUCGGCAAUGCCAAUCUCAGUCUGGGAGAUCUUAAAACAGCCAUAGACUACUAUGAAAGUCACCUGAAAAUUGCGAAAGAAUUGGGAGAUAGAUUAGGGGAAGGAAAUGCGUAUGGCAAUCUAGGCAAUGCCAAUCUCAGUCUGGGAGAUUUUAAAACAGCCAUAGACUACUAUGAACGUCACCUGAAAAUUGCGAAAGAAUUGGGAGAUAGAUUAGGGGAAGGAACUACGUAUGGCAAUCUUGGCAAUGCCCAUCGCAAUCUGGGAAAUCUUAAAACAGCCAUAGACUACUAUGAACGGCACCUGAAAAUUGCGAAAGAAUUGGGAGAUAGAUUAGGGGAAGGAAGGGCGUAUUGCAAUCUUGGCAGUGCCCACCUCAGUCUGGGAGAUCUUAAAACAGCCAUAGACUACUAUGAACGUCACCUGAAAAUUGCGAAAGAAUUGGGAGAUAGAUUAGGGGAAGGAACUACGUAUGGCAAUCUUGGCAAUGCCCAUCGCAAUCUGGGAAAUCUUAAAACAGCCAUAGACUACUAUGAACGGCACCUGAAAAUUGCGAAAGAAUUGGGAGAUAGAUUAGGGGAAGGAAGGGCGUAUUGCAAUCUUGGCAGUGCCCACCUCAGUCUGGGAGAUUUUAAAACAACCAUAGACUACUAUGAACGUCACCUGAAAAUUGCGAAAGAAUUGGGAGAUAGAUUAGGGGAAGGAAAGGCGUAUGGUGGUUUUGGCAAUGCCCGUCUCCGCCUUGGAGAUUUUAAAACAGCCAUGCAAUACUUCGAACGUCACCUGAAAAUUGCGAAAGAAUUGGGUGACAGAUUGGAUGAGGGAGUAGCGUGUUAUCACCUUGGGUUUGUUUUUGAAUCUCUAGGCCAAGUUUCAAAGGCUAUUGAAUAUUACCAGACCAGUAUUACUUUGUUAAAUGACAUCAGAGAUCGUCUUCAAUUGAACGAUGGAUGGAAAAUAAGCUUACGUGAUCAAUACCAAAUAGUAUACGCGGCACAGUGGCGUGUGAUGUUAGCGGAUGGCAAGGUUACGGAGGCUUUGUUUUCUGCCGAGCAAGGACGGGCGCAGAGUCUGAAAGACCUUAUGGCAUUAAACUAUUUAUUUGAUGCAAAUGAUGCUGUUCAAGAAAACAAUGCAUUUGAUGAGUUGUCCAGUCACCUUCCUCUGAAUACAAUAUUUAUGGGGAUUGGAGAGAAGGAAUUAAUUUUCUGGGUUUGUCAAAAAGGAAAGGAGGUUGAAUUAAGAAGAAAAGAAAACAGUUCGCAAGAUGAAAUCAAAACUUUCUUUCAGUCUCUUGUAGACAAAAUUGGUGUACGUGAUAAUGUGGAGUGUGAAGAUCGCUCGCUUGAAUUGGCUAGGGAUAAAAGACCACCUCAAGAUGUCAGACAAACCCAGUACUUACAUCUUCAAAAAAGAGCCCUGUGUACUUUGUACGACACUAUCAUUGAUCCUAUUCGGGAUCUAUUUUCAGGCAGUGAACUCGUAUUUAUUCCAGAAGGUCCGCUUUGCUUGGCUCCUUUUGCUGCAUUCAUGAGCCCAGAUUCCAAGUACCUUUGCGAAUCAUUCAGCAUCCGUGUGGCUCCAUCCCUCACAAGCUUGAAAAUGAUUGCGCAAUGUCCAGUAGAUUACCAUCACAAGUCGGGCGUACUUCUUGUCGGUGAUCCUUGUGUGCAAGAUCUGGCAAAUCUAAAGCCGCUACCCUGCGCCAGAGAGGAAGUGAAUAUGAUUGGUGAAAUGGUUGGCUCCACGCCUCUUGUUGGAAGACAGGCCACGAAGGAUGAGGUGUUAAGACGACUCGGUUCUGUUGCUUUGGUGCACAUCGCUGCUCAUGGGAAUAUUGAAACAGGUGAAAUUGCCUUGGCGCCAAAUAGUACAUGUAGUAAGGCUGACUUCAUUUUAACAAUGAAAGAUGUAAGGCAGGUUCAGCUGCGAGCAAGAUUGGUUGUACUCAGUUGCUGUCAUAGUGCUCAAGGCGAAAUCAAAGCGGAGGGUGUUGUCGGCAUAGCACGAGCAUUCUUAUGUGCCGGUGCCCGUUCUGUUCUGGUAUCAUUGUGGGCGAUUGACGACAAGGCCACUCUUGAGUUUAUGAAAAAUUUCUAUCAGCAUCUUGUCGCAGGAAAAAGUGCAAGUGAAGCCCUUAACCGGGCAAUGAACUGUAUGAGAGAAUCCACAGAAUUUAGCGAUGUAACUCACUGGGCGCCGUUUGUACUCAUUGGUGAUGACGUCACAUUGGAAUUUGAUGGGAGCAAAUAG